UGCCAUUUUAAUCUGCAGCUCAGCAGCCCUUUAAGUCUGGCAGUGGAACUCAGUCGACGCCCUACGGAUUCGUCAAAGAAGGAUCCACCUGCAGAGGGGAGGAGAACUGAGAGCUGUCGUUUACUUCAGCCUUUCUCUUUCUCUGUCUUUGUUCUCAGGUUGUUAGAGAACUCGCUGCUCAACGCAGAAGUGAAGGAAGGAGAGAUUCUGCCUCCUACCAUUCAGAGGCUGAUGAAAGGAUACAACAAGUAUCUCAGGCCUUUCUUUGACGAUGGUCCUGUGACGGUGGGAAUGAGUUUGGACAUCGCUAGCAUUGACACCAUUUCUGAGAUCAACAUGGACUACACGGCCACCAUAUUUCUCCGCCAGCGCUGGACGGAUGAGCGCCUGGUGUUCGAGGGCAACAAGAGCCUGAGCCUCGACGGGCGCCUGGUGGAGCUCCUCUGGGUGCCGGACACUUUUAUUGUUGACUCCAAAAAAUCCUUCCUGCAUGAUAUCACCGUGGAGAACAGACUGAUCCGCAUCUUCCCCAAUGGGACCGUCCUUUAUGCUCUGAGGAUCACCACUACUGUGGCGUGCAACAUGGAUCUGACGAAGUACCCAAUGGACAAGCAGACCUGCACGUUACAACUAGAGAGCUGGGGCUACAACAUCAACGAUGUCAUGUUUUACUGGACCCGAGGAAAUGAGUCUGUCAGCGGCUUGGACACGCUGCAGCUGGCUCAGUACACCGUGGAGGACCACUACACUUCUGUCUCAGAAGCUGUCUACGAAACGGGCCAUUACCCGAGGCUGGUUUUCCACUUCGAGCUGAAAAGGAGCAUUCUCUAUUUCAUCCUGGAGACGUAUGUCCCCUCCAGCCUGCUGGUGGUCCUCUCAUGGGUGUCCUUCUGGAUUUCCUUAUCCUCUGUUCCGGCUCGUAUUUGCAUAGGAGUGACCACAGUCCUGACUAUGACCACCCUGAUGAUGGGAGCGCGGACGUCGCUGCCCAACGCCAACUGCUUCAUCAAGGCCAUUGACGUCUACUUGGGAAUCUGCUUCAGCUUCAUCUUUGGGGCGCUUAUUGAGUACGCUGUGGCCCACUUCUGCACGCUAACCCAUGCUGACGCUCACAUGUUGAUGUACGGCCACCACAUGCACGACAUGGACGACGAAAUGAACGGCAUCGUCACCACCAUUUCCGCUCACUCCAGCAGAGCCAAGAGACGCAAGGAGCCCGCCGUCACCUCGCCGCCGGCGCCUGCCUCUGCAGAACUCAGCGUCAGCCCCUCCAGCCCUUCAGGCAGUGAGCCCAAGCCUGAAGUGUCCCCUCCAGAACCCACCAACUGGUGCCUCACCGCUCUUGCCACACUGCGCAAAAUCCUCCGCUUUAUAAGCUGCUGUCACAUCGAAAACCCCCACCACAUAGACAACUACUCCAGAGUCACCUUCCCCCUUUCUUUCGUCAUUGUCAACCUGCUCUACUGGACAUAUUAUCUGUACUUCUAGUAUCGGCUUUAGAGCGGCAGUGUGUCUCUGAGAGUGUGAGGCAAAGAGUGUAUGUAGACGAGAAGUGUAUUUUACUGUAUGUAUGUACAGAAAGCAUUGACAAGGUGUGUUCUGAGAUGGGUUUAUACCGUUUCUACAUUUGGUUUCAUAAGCAAAGUAGCAAACUCAAAUGAGACCAUUGUUUUUAUUUAUUUAUUUAAAAAUAGAAUUGCAGCUUCAUUUUGAAUAUUAAAACAGGUGCAUCUCAAUAAAUUUGAAUAUUACUGAUAGUUGAAAUAGCAGUCCGGUGAAAAAAAUCCCCAUUUACAAUAUAGAUGCUCAAUAAUUGGUUUCUGCUUGUUUGCAUGAACUGCUGGAUCAGUGUGGCACAGCAUGGGAGCUGGUUGCCUUCAACUACUCUGAUUGUUGGCUCCGGUGCCGUUUGUCUUCAUAGGUUCUGUUAGGAUUAGGUUAGGGUAGUUUGCUCGAAAUCUAAAUGAGGAUCUCCAUAUUGUUUGUUAGCAAAGGGAAGCAUAAAGAGCUCUAAAUGUUGAUUGUUGCGCUGACGUUAGGCCUGCUAAAACAAGGCGGAACAACAGCGGCAGAUGCUGUUUCUUCCAAAAUCAGUGGGAAUUUCCACAGUCAGUUUUAUGAAGAGCUCCACUAAAAAAAGGUUGCACCUUUUUCUACUUUACUUUUUUCCUUCCACACAACUUCCCAGUAAUAUACUAAGAUACAGAACUCAACCAACUUGAUAAUAAUGAAUUUUUAUUUCUUGCAAAUUAGAAAUAUUUGCCUUGAUUUUCAAGGCUGAUAUUUGUAAAUUAUAGCUAUUUUUUUUCUGUCAUUGGUCUGAUGUAAUAUUCAAAUUUCUGAGAAAUUAAAUUUGGAGUUUUCAUUAGGUGCAAUCAAAAUGAACGGAAAUGACCACUGCAGGUAAUGACACAAUAUUACAUGCAGGUUUUUAAUGAUAUUUUAAUUUACUUAGAUUCACCUGUAUACUUUCCAUUCCUGUUUUUCUAAAUAAAUCAGUUAUUUUGCUAAAACGAAACGGCCAGCUUUAAUCAGAGAACAUAGGGUCUGAACAGUUUUACCAAACCAGAAGUAAGAAAAUGCUUUUGCUUUCCUUCUAGUUGGGAUAUAUUCAUUUUAAGAUGCAGCUGUGAUUUAAGGCUUUGUGACAGAUUUCACAAGGGCUGUUAUGUGAGAGCAAAUUCCCACAGCACUUUGAUUUUCUGCUGUGAUGGACUGAUCAUCGAUAUUUUAUAACUUUAUCUUCUGUUUCCUGCAACAUUUAGGAGGAAGUAGAGAAAAAAACAAAUGGCAGUUGUGAGGUGAAAAAGACCCAUCAUGAAAAAAAGCUUUCUCCAAAUGGAUGAUCGCUGGAAAAAUCUUUUUCUCUGUCACUCUGAGUUUUUUUUUUAAUUAAGCGGUAAGGUUCUGUUUUCUUGCAUUUUUUGUUUUUUAUUGAGAAUAUGAAGAUAUAUAGUGGCCUUUAGUCAUUUACAAACCAAUUUUAUCUCACUAAUCAUCAUGCAAGUCUGAAGCCCUCUGUAUCCACUCCCUAUUAAGAAAUUGCACAGUCUGAAUUUUAUGAAUACAGUACAUGUUAUUAAAUAACAUGAAACACAUAAAGUGUAAGAAAUGGUUCAUCCUAAAAUACCAGAAGUAUAAGAGAAAUUAUGUGGCAUAGAUGGUGAAUAAAUGUGCCAAACUGGAAAAAAGAAAAACACCAACAAACCCACUUCAUAUACAAAUGGUACGGGAUGUUUCUGGAUUUUCUUUUAGAUUCUGUCUCUCUCCAUUCUCUGGAAAUGGAAAAACUCUAAAAAAAUGGAGGCGUCUCAAAUACUUUUCCUCCCACUGUAUAUAUCAAACCAUUUGUGAAGUAGUAGCUAAUCAUAAAAAAAUGUUUUUUUAGGGAUAUUUAAUUAUCAUGGAACAUGUUAUUGUCAACACUGCCUGCUCAUGUGAUGCUGUGGUAAAUUACAAUCUUGUCUCCUGAGACUCGCCUUAAAUUGAACUAGAUUCUCCCACUGAGGGGGAAAAGGAAACAUUAUUCUCUUCAUAAUCAAUUCUGUGGUACGAAAUAAACCUGGCAAAGACAGAAAAACAAACUGUUAUCACCGUAUCAUAAACUCUGGAUGUAGAUAGUUAAGCUUUUGCUAAUUCACGCUGUGGAGUCGAUGCCCACAGAGCUGGAGUAACAGAUCAGACAUGUGGAUGUGCAGGACUGCCACACUUCAAACUACAGUCAGAUACGUUAUUUAUGCAGUAUUUCUCUCUGCGGCUUCAGCAAUUGUUUCUCGCUGGGCUUUUGUAAAAACAUAAAGUAGUAGGCAGACUUUGCGGAACGGGAAUGAAAUGGCCAAAAUAAAUAAAGAGGACGGAAGCCUCUGUGCACUGUGAAAAACAAAAGCAGAACAGCAUGGCAUUUCUAGGUUUUCAUGAUUCAACUUUUACAAAGAAGGGGGAAAUCCCAUUCCAGUAACUGCUAACAUAACCAUGAAGGGGCAGCAAGUGGCUAUAACGUCUUUAUUACAUUUUAAAAGCCAUAAAAAGGAUUCUAAGUGUAGCCAGUGGUUGUGUUUUUGCAGCAACUUCACAGAAAUAAACAAUAGGAAAUCAUUGUGUCCACUGAACACACAACAAAGUGUAAUGGUGACGGGGUCAGAACAAAAUACUGGACAAAACCAUUCAGGCAUAACAUUUUUGUCACUGUGUGGCCACAGUUGAUGUGUUGCAAAGAGGGAAAUGGGUAAACAGUAGGACCUGAGCUUAUAGUGGCCUUGUGACUGGGUCAGAGCAUCCAACAUCCCUGUCUGCAGUGGUCAGUCUCUAUGUAAAGUGGUCCAAGGCAGGAGAAGUUGUGACUCUGUGACAGGGUCAUUCAUGUACAGGCUGGCCUCUAGGUAGACUGGAUUUAUCCAACAGAAAAGACACUGCUGACCAAGUUGCUGAUUAAUUUAAUACCAGUUCUGACAGAAGGGGGCAAAAAUACACAGACCGACCCUCAUGGUGUGUUGCCCUGCUGACUCCUGUCCAGUGCUGAAAUAACCAACAAUCUGAUUAAUUAAAUUGUCUUUCACCACCCAUGAAUGGCCCGGUGAGUAAGUGUUGGCCAUCUGGGGAACACAAAGCACCAGGAAGCCAAAAGAAGGCAAAUUACAUUAGCAUGAUAAUGACAAUGUUCUGCUGCAAAACGUCUUGGUGGAUGUUACUUUGACGCCACCCACCCAAGCAUUGUUAUACACCCAUCUGUGGAAGCAGUGCAGUUGUCUGAAUGUACCUUCUCUGUUUGAGGAACACAACAACGUGUUGAGGUGUUGACUUGGCCUUCAAACCUCCCAAAUCUAAAUCCAAUGGACUGACAUGAAUCCAUGAAGUUGCAGCUAACAGGAAAUAGAGGACAAGAUGCUGCAGCACCUUCAGCGCUCCAGAGGAGCCCGAAGAAAAGGGGAACCAGUCCAGUAUUUAUUUGGCUGGUGAUCAUAAUGAUAUGCUUGAUCUUGUUGUCUUUGAAAGAAGAACAAUUUUAUCAUUCUGUUAGGGAGCAUAAAAUAUACUAUUUUUAUUUUUUUACUUUAUCUGUGUUUACUUGUGACAUUUAUCUUUGGGCUUUCAGUUUUCCCUCUGACUAAGUCAUGAUGUGGUGACCUCCACCACAUCAUAAUCUGGACAGCAGGUGUAAAAAUAUAACACACCCGAUUUAACAAUGCCUUGGUUUGUUUGCUCGCAGGAAUUUGAGCCAAAGAAGAUGCUUUCAUUAUUGUUGGUUUUCCCUUUAGUGUCAAAUGCUUAAAGUGCUUUGCUGAAAAGAAUCUACCUGAUUGUUUCUGUAGUCACUAGAGAAUACAUAACAAACCGCAUGUUGUAGGCGAGCAGAUGAAAACACUCACAUCAGGAUUCAGUUGAACUAAGGAGAUGCAUGUUUAUUUCUUGCCGUUUACUCAGUAUUACUGUGAAAAACUGAAGGUUGGUGAAUUAAAACCACAGUUCAUUUUUAAAGAACUAGUUUUGGGUUUGUCAUGGAGAGCUAAACUGUCAAUGUACAGUCAAUGACCUGCUUUAGCUCCGUGGUUUUAUAUCCGUUUCACUAUCUACAGACAAACAUUUCAAUUCUCUCUUCUGCCUGAUGUUUGAUGAAAAGUAGGAUCUUUUUAGUUUGUAUUUUCCUUUCUGCAUGGUUUUAGGUGUACUUUUUUUUCCUUCUACAUUCUUUUAUUUUGUCUAACGUACAGAAUUAGUCACUGUAAAAAGCUAAUUGUGAGGACUGGGUUGGUAGAGUGCUCAUUGCCAAACACGAGAUUUAAAAUUCAGAAAAUUUAAAUUUGGUCAAAUUUUUCAGGCCCUCCCACCAAACUGUGAGCGACAUCUUCUCUGUGGAUGUUGGAAAACAUUUACUUUUUAUAUUUAUUAUCAUUAUUAUUGCUUUGCUAAGCUAGGUAAGCUUAACAUAUGCAUGUAAAUGUGGAGCCAAAGAGCCACAGCACCAAGAACACCGAUCCCUCGCCGCAGCGGAUCCAGUCAUGUUUUAGAAACAAGAACAUUGUUUUGGACGGACACGAUGCUGGAGGACGUCAGUGGAGGGAUAUGUUUAAAGGAAAAUGGAAAACAGAGACCUUUCAUGGCCCAGUGUGGGGGAUCUGUCAGUUAUAAACCACCAACUGAGGGGACAACUUUACUUCACGGGACAUUUUCUUGUCAAAUGUAUUUAUACACAGUUGUAACAUCCAGUUGCUUUAUCUGCUGUAAAUAAACAAUACCACUAUGCAUGUUUAUCUGGUGUAUGAAUGUGAAUAAUAGCAAUAAAAAGGUUUAAUGUGUUA